AUGUACGGCCCAUCUCUUUUCGCCAGCCUUGUCUCUAUUUUCGCCCUCCUCCUCACCUCUGUCACCGCCACUGAGGGAGAUGACCUCGCCCAAAAAAUAUGCAGCACUUACCAUAGACCUGGCAAAUUAUAUUGCGUAACAACCCUCUCCUACGUAAUCUGCAUAGACGGCACCACCGAACUCGAACAAGCCACCGACCUAGGCUACUGGUGCAAAGCAACAGGCCCAUACUCAGUCGACGGCAACAAUGAAGUCCUGCCGACGCACAACCUGGACAUGUGGGCGUUGCCGUACAUGAGACCGGGCAUUAACCUGGAGGACGAGGAGCAGGAUAGUAAUGGUACACGAAGUGAGCAACAGCGGCGGCGGCAGAAGGUGGUUGGAACGAGGUUUGAUGGGAUGAACGCUGACCACGCGAGUGAGUUGUAG